AUGAGUGUGCGGUUCGAGUUAGCAGCUAUUGCAACUGCACUACUUGCGAUACUCAUACCAUCUGACGUGCUCGGGGCUGGUCUGCCACACAGCGAUAUCGAAACCACACAUCAGCUAUUAUCCGGGGCUUCUCAAUUUGUUAGCAGACAUGUUCGUGAUGAAUCCAGCACACCCUCAUUGGCUAAUGUUCUGGGCGAGAUGAACAUGACAGAAUUGAUGGCUGAUGAUAACACUGACAAGCUUGAAAUGGUCAUGGAUGUAUUUUUGGGUGCAAAUUCGGGAGGCUUAAUCACUCAGAAUAGAACCAUUACAUCAUACAAUGAGACCUUCGAUAUGUGCACAAUCUCGGCCAACCAGUCGUGCUCUAUGAGUUAUCUGCGUGAGAACCAAUCUGAGGGCAAGCAAGGGUGGAUUGUGAUGCCUGGCAACGGCACAAUGUGCCUUGAUGGUUCUCCAUUCGGGUUCCAAGUCUACCCUGGAAACAACCAAACAGAGAAAUCGCUCUUCUGGUUCCAGGGCGGCGGUGCGUGUUACGAUUAUGAAACCUGUAUCAAGCUGAGCACCGCUCUCAGUUCAUUCUCACCCGAGAGCUCUGGUGUGUUCAACUAUGCUGAACCUUCCAACCCCAUCGGUGGAAACCGGUGGACUACCGUUGUGAACAACUAUUGCACUGGAGACGCGUUCAUGGGCACAAAUAAAACCCAAACCUUUACAGACGAGCCUUUCUCGAACAAGUCGGCUGAGGUGCAUUUCAACGGUGCAACGAACACACUUGCUGUGCUUGACUGGUUUGCAGCACAGCCAGAGAGCAAGCCAUCGAACAAGCUGGCUGUAGGUGGAUGCAGUGCGGGUAGUCUGGGCGCCCAAUUCUGGUCAAAGUAUCUCGUAGAGAACUACAAUGCAUCCAAUUUCGUACUCGACAGCUACAUAGGUGACUUCUCGGCACCUACCGGGGGCGACUUGAAUGUGAUGGGUGUGUGCGAUACGGGCGCCAAUCUGAUGGGAUGGACGCCGGAAUACACCGCUGCAUGUGCAAACGGGUCAAUGCACGAGAUGAGCGACUUCUUCGGACCGAACCUGGAGGCAAUCUCACCUGUGCCGAUUGCAUACGUGGGUUCAUUGAACGACAUAGUGCAGAAGAGCUACUACGUGAUCACCGCUUCCAACGACGACAGCAUUAUCACUCCGUUCCUCCGGGCCCUUACCGAGAUCCAAUCUACCUUCACUCCGUACUUACUUGAUACUCUGGGCAGCUAUCAAACAAUCGGUAGCCAGUUCAGUUACUAUUUGGUGGAUUCCGACCAACACUGCUUCCUGCCGCAAGCCAAUUUCUACGAUGCUGCCGAUAUUACUGCAAAUGACGCUGGAAAUUUGACUAUGCUGGACUUUGUGAAUGAUUUUCUAAAUAAUGAUGUAUACGGAUCGGUCAGUUACCCUGCGCGUAAGUGA